AUGGCCGGAACUGGUCUCUUAAGCUACUUUUCCCUUUCUGUUGUGAAGGAGGAGUACAGGAAGCUGGAAGUGCUGGCAUUUGAGAUGGAGACAACUAUUGCUUCUUUGGAAGAGGAACUAACAAUUUCUUAUGCGGAAAAAGAAGAAGCCUUUUCUAGAGCAGAAAAUUUGGCAUGUGAAUUGCAAGCUUUAUCUGACGAGUUGAAUAUGUCAAAUACAGAACUAAAUAUGCUGAAGGAAGAGGUGUCAUGCCUUAGAUUAUGUUCGGAAGAAUCUGAAUCACGAUGUCAGAGAUUGGAAACUUCUGUCAACUUUCUGGUAGAAGAAAAAGAAGAUUUAGCUAUGCAACUAACUGAUGCCCUUUUGGCAAUGGAGGAGGAAAAGGCCAUAUGGUUUGCAAGGGAGAAAGCUACAGUUGAAGCAAUCAAUGAAAAAGCAAAAUCUUAUAGUGCUGAAAUCGCCACUCUAUCACAGAAAAUGACAGAGGUGAAGAAUGAACUUGAGGGUUGUAGAAUGCAGUGCAAGCUCCUUGAGGAGAGAUUGGUCGUCUCAGAAAAUAAUGUGCGGUUGGAGAGAAGUUUCAGUGAAGAGAAAUUACUAGAGAUCGAUCAACUUAGACUUGGCCUGAGAGUUGCUGAGGAACAAUGUAAAAGAUCUCAAGAGAUGCUGACACUGGAGCAUCAGGAUCUGCGCAAGGAAGUAGAACGGCUUCAGAUGGAGUUAAGCAUGCUUAGCAAAGAAAGAGUAGAUCUGUUGGCCCGUAUUAGAGAAGCGGAGACGGUGCCAAUUCAGAGAGACGACUUUCAGCUGUCAAAUUCAGAUCAUGAAGUCGAUCAGCUCAACGAGAAGCUUUCAUCUCUGGAGAUCAAAAUGCAUGAUGAUGAAGUCAACCAUAUCAAUGAGAAAGCUAAGUUGAGAAUGAGACUUCGAGGGGCACAAUCAAAAUUGGGUGCAUUUCGUGUGAGGUACAAUGAGGCGCUGGAUGAGAUGGACGUAAUGAACAAGAAAUUUGAGGAGGCUUCAUUAAAGCUGAAAGAUCAGUUAGUUUCAAGUGGUCUUGAAAUCCUCAGCCUCAAGAAGCAGCUUGCUUCUGCAAGGGGUCCUUGAAUGGUUGAUAUAUCUCUGCAUCUGUAUUAAGUACAUAUCUGUUGGACGGUACCAAUAUAUAGAUCUUAACUAAUCAUUUGUAUAUAAAAUUGUUCCCAGUGACUGCCAGUAGGUACUACGUUGAACUGCAUUAAUAUUAUUUUAUAAUGAGGAAAAAAUUAGAGUUUCUUUAUUUGUUUCUAACGGACAAAUUAAAGUGAGACUUGUUUGCUCCA